AUGACUGAAGACGUUAUAACAUUCGUUACUGGUAAUGCUAAUAAACUUGCAGAAGUUGUUGCAAUUUUAUCUACUUGUAAAUCCAAAGAUGGAGAAUCCAAAGUUGGCAAAUUUAAAAUCGUUAAUAAAUCGUUAGAUCUAGAUGAGGUUCAGGGAUCGAUUGAUGAGGUAACUAUACAGAAAGCGUCAAGUGCAGCCAAGAUACUUAAAGGACCCGUAUUGGUUGAAGAUACUUGCUUAGGUUUCACUGCGUAUAAUAAUUUACCUGGACCAUACAUUAAGUGGUUCGUUAAAGAAGUUGGAUUAGAUGGAUUGAACAAGAUGCUAAGCGCAUUUGAUGACAAAAGUGCAAGUGCCAUCUGUACGUUUGGUUAUUGCGAGGGCCCUGGUAAAGAGGUAAAAUUGUUUCAAGGAAUUACUAAAGGAAAAAUAGUUCCCAGUAGAGGUCCAACACAUUUCGGAUGGGAUUCUAUAUUUGAACCUGAUGGGUUCUCGGAGACAUAUGCUGAAUUAGACAAAACUACUAAGAAUAGUAUUUCACAUAGAUUUAAAGCUUUAAGCAAAUUGAAAGAAUUCUUGUCUUCUCCAGCUUAG